CUCAUGCCUGGUUCAGCACUUAUUAAGUGAAACCUGAAAGACAGAAGACAAAUUAAGGCAGUGAAGCGUCUCCAUUCAGAGCUGGACAGAUAUGAACACAUCUCCACAGAUGGAUUUCAAGUCUCAAAGCGCCGCGACGAUUUCAUCAAUUAUUGUGGUGAAUAUUAUUUGGUGGAUGCUUAUGAUUGCAGCCAUUGGUGUGGGGGCCACAAACAUGGGCCGCUGCCCUGUGCAGCCCAACGUUCCCAUCUAUCUGUUAGUACUGGGAGCGGCCAGCAUCCUCUCUCUAUCUCUGACCUACACCCAGAGCAUCUGUGAGAGCGGUGCCGUCUGCCUCCUGAUCUCGUCCUGCAUGGCCCUCCUGCACCUCUUCAGUUUUGGCUGGUUUAUUGCAGGCACCUACUGGGUUUAUAGUGUGUAUCCUCCCGACUACUCACCUGGAACAACUCGGUACUGCCAGAAGACUGCCUUUCAGUUUGCGUUUGUCGUCACCACUAUUUUGUGGGUCACUUUGGCUCUAUCGUUUCUCUGCGGCGGCUGCUUCAUUUUGGUGGCCUGCUGCAAGUAUGUAAGUGCGAGAAACAGGUUGUCACCCAACCGCGGCUCUUUCUACGGUGCGAUAGGCGAGUCUCAUGGAGGCGCUGCUGCCGGUGAUGUGUGAUUUAAAUCCUGGUUCAUGUCCUCAAAUAUCGAGGGAGUUUUACCUGUACAAAGGUUUUGACAGGAGUGAAACGUUUUGACAGUGAUGAUACUGAUUCUGCUCCUGCUGCUGAGGAUGAUUUUUUUUUAUUAUUGGUUGUGGUUUUUAUAGUUGUAAGGUAGUUAUAAAAGCUGUAAGCAGCUGCACUUCACUUUUUUCUUUACAAAUUUCUUUUAUGUUGCGCUUGAGGUUACAUCUUGUGACAGCACCUCCCAUCUUAAUUUAACAUUUGUUACUCACCCUAGGCCAAUAUAGUAAAAUUAAGAGUUGUUGAAACAUCACACUACUUUUACUCAACAGCACUGUCACACCACAGGCUUCCUGCAUGUUGACACAAAAGCCAAAUAGUUAACAUCCGAGCCAAAAGAAGAUAAGAUGAAAAAGAUUAUUUAGAGGCAAGUAAUAUUGACUCAGAGCUGAGAUGAAGAAUACAUUGUAAAUUGGUUCUAUGUAGUAUGUGUUAUAUUCUGCUCUGCUAUAUGUGUGUGUGUGUGUGUGUGUGUGUGAGAGAGAGAGAGAGAGAGAUGUUUUAUUGCAGUGGAAUAGUGUUGAUUGCACUAUUUAAGAUGUUGAAAUAACAAUGGAUUGUGCAGCGUUGCUUGAACAUAAAAGUCGAUGAUUGUUUGCAUGAUUUGAUUAUAUAAGUAUAAGGAAACAAUAUGUUCCGUUAGUUUAGUGUUUUCAAUGAAUUGUUGUGUUGCCACUGCUGACUGACAGUUAAAUGAGAUGAACAUGAUUCAGGCUUGAUGUAAGGACUUGAAUAAAAUAAAGUUCAACUGA